AUGUCGUCAGAAGCGGCCCCGUUGUUGAGCGAGGGGUGCGGUGCCCGGCCCGGUGAGGCUGCACGGGCUCUGGCUCACCGUCCGGCUCCGCCACAGGUGCUGUUGGCAGCAGCCGUCUGCACGAAGGCGGGGAAGGCCAUCGUCUCCCGGCAGUUCGUGGAGAUGACGCGGACCCGCAUCGAGGGGCUGCUGGCGGCCUUCCCCAAGCUGAUGAACACCGGGAAGCAGCACACCUUCGUGGAGACGGAGAGCGUGCGGUACGUCUACCAGCCGAUGGAGAAGCUCUACAUGGUGCUCAUCACCACCAAGAACAGCAACAUCCUGGAAGACCUGGAAACACUCCGGCUCUUUUCUAGAGUGAUCCCUGAAUACUGUCGGGCUCUGGAGGAGAAUGAGAUCUCCGAGCACUGCUUCGACCUCAUUUUUGCCUUUGAUGAAAUCGUUGCCCUGGGCUACCGUGAGAACGUCAACCUGGCACAGAUCCGGACGUUCACGGAGAUGGACUCGCACGAGGAGAAGGUGUUCCGAGCGGUGCGGGAGACUCAGGAACGCGAGGCGAAAGCUGAGAUGCGCCGCAAGGCGAAGGAGCUGCAGCAGGCCAGGAGGGACGCGGAGAGGCAGGGCAAGAAGGCGCCCGGUUUUGGUGGCUUUGGCAGCUCAGCUGUGUCUGGGGGCACGACAGCGGCGAUGAUCACAGAGACCAUCAUUGAAACAGAGAAGCCCAAAGUGGCACCGGCGCCUGCCAGGCCUUCAGGUCCCAGUAAAGCCUUGAAACUCGGCGCAAAGGGCAAGGAGGUGGACAACUUUGUGGACAAGCUGAAAUCAGAAGGAGAGAACAUCAUGACUUCUGUAGGCAAGCGCUCUUCAGAGGCAGCCAAAGUUCUUGCUCCCCCUGUUAACAUGGAGAG